UUAUAGAGGGGCUUGAUUUCAACGCUGGGUGGGUAAGGUUAAACAUCAAUAGAGAAAACGAGUUCCUCAGCGUUUUCCCUCCCCUGUCUCUGCCUCCGCCGCCAGGACUAAGUUAAGGAGAUGGCUAGUGGUGAGGGAAAAAAGUCUGGUGAGGGAAAAAAGCCUAAUGCCAAUGCAAAGGGUGGUGGGAAAAAGAAGGAGGUGAAGAAAGAGACUGGUUUAGGCCUUUCCUAUAAGAAGGAGGAGAACUUUGGGGAAUGGUAUUCUGAGGUUUGCGUCAAUGGUGAAAUGAUUGAGUACUAUGAUAUAUCAGGCUGUUACAUUCUGAGGCCAUGGACUAUGGCAGUCUGGGAGACGAUGCAAACUUUCUUUGAUGCGGAGAUUAAGAAGAUGAAAAUCAAGAAUUGCUACUUCCCUCUCUUUGUAUCACCUGGUGUUUUACAAAAGGAGAAGGAUCACAUUGAGGGUUUCGCUCCAGAGGUUGCUUGGGUAACAAAAUCUGGACAAUCAGAUUUGGAAGUGCCUAUUGCUAUUCGUCCAACAAGUGAGACUGUCAUGUAUCCCUAUUAUUCCAAGUGGAUAAGGGGACACCGGGACUUGCCUUUGAGACUUAACCAAUGGUGCAAUGUUGUUCGAUGGGAGUUCAGCCAUCCUACCCCAUUUAUAAGGAGUCGGGAAUUUCUUUGGCAGGAGGGGCAUACUGCUUUUGCUACGAAGGAAGAGGCAGAUAAAGAGGUCCUUGAAAUAUUGGAACUGUAUAGACGUAUAUAUGAAGAGUACUUGGCGAUUCCUGUUAUAAAGGGUAAGAAGAGUGAACUGGAGAAGUUUGCUGGUGGAUUUUACACAACAAGUGUUGAGGCCUUUAUUCCAAACACUGGUCGUGGUAUACAGGGUGCGACUUCACAUUGUUUAGGUCAAAAUUUUGCAAAAAUGUUUGAUAUAACCUUUGAAAAUGAGAAGGGAGAAAAGGCUAUGGUCUGGCAGAAUUCCUGGGCCUACAGUACCAGAACGAUUGGGGUGAUGGUAAUGGUUCAUGGGGAUGACAAAGGCUUAGUGAUGCCACCUAAAGUAGCAUCUGUCCAAAUUAUUGUGGUUCCUGUGCCUUUUAAAGAUGCUGAUACUCAAGCAAUCUUUGAUGCCUGUGAUGCCACUGUGAAUACCUUGAAUGAAGCAGGUUUUCGUGCCGAGGCAGAUCUUAGAGAUAACUAUUCACCAGGUUGGAAGUAUUCACAUUGGGAAAUGAAGGGUGUUCCUCUUAGAAUUGAGAUUGGGCCAAAAGACUUAGCUAACAAGCAGGCGCGUGCUGUUCGCCGUGACAAUUCAGCUAAAAUCGAUAUUCCUAUGGUCAAUUUGGUUGAACAAGUAAAAGACAUGCUGGAUAAUAUUCAACAAAACCUGUUUGAUGUUGCAAAACAAAAACGAGAUGCUUGUAUUAAGACUGUGAGAACAUGGGACGAAUUCAUAGAAGCGCUUGGCCAGAAGAAAAUGAUCCUUGCUCCUUGGUGUGAUGAGAUGGAAGUGGAAAAAGAUGUGAAAGCAAGGACAAAGGGCGAGACAGGAGCAGCUAAAACUCUUUGUGCUCCUUUUGAUCAGCCAGACCUUGAAGGUGUUAAUUGCUUUGUGACAGGAAAGCCUGCAAAGAAGUGGAGUUACUGGGGCAGGAGCUACUAGAUUACAAGAUUCUGUUUAUCAGUCUCUUUUCCACACAGAAUUUCUGAAUUUGUGGCCAGGGUGAUUAAUUUAUUUCUUUAGAGAAGCUUAAGACUUAAUAGGAUGCUCUCAAUUUUGCUUAAAAAAAUUGGUGAAUCAUGAUUUGUGGGUUUUACCAGUGUAAUGUGUUCUAAUUGAUAGGCUACUUCAUUUUCUUAUUUAUACUAUUGACAUUGAUACCGAUAUUUGAGAUUUUCCUUCAGGAUU